UAUUUUAUAUUUAUCAUAAAAAGCUCCAAAACUUUUGUUGUAUUAUGUGGCGAUUCUAUCCAUCUUAGCCUGAUUAGAUAUCAUGUGAUAGAAACCGCGUGCGCUUUGUCCUGAAGCAAUUAAACUCAAUAUGUUGCAUAGCAAAACUAUGACUCAUAGGUGACGGUGACUUUAUACCAGUGUCAGUGAUGAAUGAUGACCAAUCAUGUAAGAAUUUAUCUUUUAAGCUAAAGCCCUUGGUUUAUCCACACAAAACCACUACCUAUCUUGUUCACUACUGCUAGUUUUUCCCAUUUUCUAGCCACUUCUUUGGCUUUAUUUGCAACUUCUCAUGCUUCUUUCUAUAUAAGAACCACCCAUCACUCCUCAUGUAUAAAAAACAAGAGUUUCAAAUUCCUGACAGUGGUUUUCAACUUCAAUAGUUUUCUACGCGAAACUUAGUACAAAAUGAGUUCAGUAAGUAGAAGUACUUGGACUGUGGCAACCAGUGUUGGAGUUGUGGAGGCCUUGAAGGAUCAAGGCUUGUGCAGGUGGAACUAUGCUUUAAAAUCAGCUCAGCAACAUGUGAAAAGUCAUGUUAGAUCAUUGCCUCAGGCCAAGAAACUUUCUUCUUCAUCAUCUUCACCUGCAAUGGUUUCAAAUAGAUUAAAAGAUGAGAAGGCAAAGAAGUCAGAGGAAUCCCUUAGGACUGUUAUGUACUUAAGCUGUUGGGGUCCCAAUUGA